AUGGACCUCUUCCCCGACGGGGCCUUCGUGCGGCUGCGGAGCCGCGCGAUCAGCUGGAAGUACCUCCACGCCGACGGGGACUGGGCGGGGGUCUCGCUGCGCCGGUGCGGCCGCGUCCCAUCCCUGGAGGCGGUGUGGCGGGUGGAGCACUGGGUGCACGAGGGGGUAACCUACCUCCGCCUCCAGAGCGCCGCCUACGGCCGCUACCUCGCGCUGUCGGGCGAGGAUGCGGGCGAGGAUGCGCCGUCCGGGCACCUCGGCCUCAAGGCCGCCCAGCGCGACAUCGACGACUCCACCAUGGUGAAUUUCUUGUCGUGGAGGUGGAGGGUCGAGAGGGUGAAGCCCUUGAAGAACUACGUCCGCCUGCGCCACUUCAACCGCGACCUCCGCGCCAACGGCAGGCUCCUCAUGUGGAACAACGGCGUCACCGUCGACUUCAACCUAGCCCGCCGGCUCAGCACCAUGAUGCAGUGGACGGUCCACCCCGUCGCGGCAACCUCGGUACCGCUACCCUUUCCAGCUGCACCUCCGGCGCAUCAGAUUCCAUUGCAACAGAUUCCGCUGUUGUUGUGGCGGCGCAUCUGGCGCGGGCGUCAGCUUCCUGUUCCGGCGCGGACGAUCCGGCACGUGCGGGCGAGCGAUGAAGGGAACUUCGACCAGAACCAUCUCAACUGGCGCGCAUUCGGUAUCUACGACCACUCCGUGUUCAACCUGAGGACCCAGCUGGGGCAACUUCAGCAUGACUGGAACGGGGACAUGUUCGGCUUCACGUUGUGCAUUCGGCCCGGCUUGAAUGGACGGCUAAUGCCGCUGGUCACGGACCUACCUCGCAGCUUAGAUCCCAUGUACAUCGUCGUCCUCAGGACCGGAUCACCAGCUGCUGCGGCAUUAGUGUAUCCAGUACUACUAUAGAGGAGUACGAGAGCGGAACUUCUGACAGCAUCGAAAUUCAUCUCUUCGGGAACCAAAAGAAUUUAAGCCUUGCUGCCCCUGAUACUGUGACAUGAGAAUUGGCUCAUAGUUUCUGAAAAUUUUGCAACUCUUCUGUAAUGGUGGAUAGAUUUGAUGCGGUCUACUGACCGGAAGCGUUCUAAGAUAGCCUUUCAGUUAGGAACAUAAAACUGAUGAAAGCGUAGAAAUAAUGGUGAACGGUUCUGCAAAGUAACAUUGGUUGUAGUUACCAACAUCAUCUCUGUUGGGUGAUGGACUGAUGGCAAUUAUAGAUGUGGCUGAUUUUGGCCGUACCUUGAUCCUGAUACAUCAAAACAGUAGAAUACAUGUUAAUUGAGUUUGGCUUUUCGUCAUGUACUGAAAAUCGUGGUUGCAUCAUUUCUGUGCUGAUACA